AUGUCUUACUCUUACGAAGGAAGCUUUGUCGCUAUAGGCUCGAAGAUAUAUGUCCUAGGUGCACGUUACGGCGACAGUUCGACAUCGAGUGAGCACGUAAUCGACUGUAGAUCUCACAUGGUGAAACCCAUCAUCAGCAUUCCUAUGCAAAUGUGUAGUAUGGUCCCUGGCGUAAUCGACAAGAAGGUUUACGUAAUCGGAGUUUGUAGGUCUAGUAGUCCUCACUCGAAGAUGGUCAUGGUGUUCGAUACGGAAACACAAAUGUGGGAGGAGCCUGUGAUGAUGACAACACAAGACUUGGAGAAGUUGGACUUAGGUUACGUGUCGUCUCGUUUUGUGGUGAUUGGAGAUAAGGUGUACAUGAAAAGUUAUAAGUAUAGCUUCGUUUACGAGCCAAAGGAAGAUAAACUGGAAAUGGAUGAGUUGUUGAAUUAUAAUCCGUGGGAACAUGCGUGUGUUGUUGACGAGGUAUUGUACUACUUUGACUAUGGUGAGAACAAGUUAAGAGCGUAUGAGACAAGGCACAAGUGUUGGGUUGUUGUGAAAGGUUUAGAAUUAGAAUUGUUGCAUGACGCAGGCCCUUCGUGGUCGUCACGUACUGUGAGUUACGGUGGGAAAGUGGCUGUGUUCUUAACUAAACCAAAUGGUUGGAAUCGAAUUACAUUUGAGAUUUGGUGUGUGGAGAUUGCCUUGGAAAGACGUCAAAAAGGAGAUAUUUGGGGUAAGGUUGAGUGGUGUGAAGUUGUGCUUCAAGGAGGCUUUGACCUGAAGAAAUCUGUAGCCGUUAACAUAUAA